AUGGUCCGCCACAAGAAAGAUAACUUCUCGCGAGGAGGCAAGAAAUUCAAUCCCCGCCCUAAGCCAGUGCCCCGCGGCAAUGAAGAUACUGAGGGUGCUGUCUCGUCGCGGCCGGCCUACAAGGCCGCUUGCUGGGAUAUGGGACACUGCGACCCCAAGCGAUGCUCCGGCAAGCGAUUGAUGAAGCUGGGAUUGAUGCGGGAUCUCCAUAUUGGCCAGCGCCACCCCGGCGUGAUCAUCUCUCCAAAUGCAAAGCGGAUCGUUUCCCCUGCAGACAAGGAGCUUAUGGAACAACACGGUGCGGCAGUCGUCGAAUGCUCCUGGGUGCGCGUCCAGGAGGUGCCUUGGUCGCGGAUUGGCGGAAAGUGCGAAAGACUCCUUCCUUACCUUAUCGCCGCCAAUACUGUCAACUACGGCAAGCCAUGGCGUUUGAACUGUGUCGAGGCGCUCGCCGCCUGUUUCGCUAUUUGUGGCCGUCUAGAGUGGGCUGAGGAUCUCCUCAGGCAUUUCAGCUACGGACAAUCUUUCUUGGAUAUUAACUCAGAGCUUCUUAAGCGCUACGCCGCUUGCGAAACCGAGGAGGAUGUCAAAAACGCAGAGACAGAAUGGCUUGCCAAGAUCGAACGGGAAUAUGAAGAAAACCGCGCAGACGGAGGCGACGAUAUCUGGACUACUGGAAACACCAACCGGCUACCGGCACGGAACUCUGACGACGAUGAUGACGACGACGACGACGAAAGCGGAGAAGAGGGCAGCGAAAAAGAAGGAACCGACGAGGAGGAAGAGGAAGACAAGGACCCAUUUGCGAUUUCCGAUGACUCCGAAGACGAAGAACAAAUGGCAGAGAUUCGUCGCAAAAUCCUCAGUUCGAAGUCUUUCCAAAACCCAGAAGCCGAGGAGAAACAGCAACCCGAGAAAAUCGCUCGUCCUGAGCAGCUGUACGUUGACUCGGAUGCUGAGUCUGGCUCUGCAGGAAGCGAGGAUGAAGCAUUUGACAACAUCAUCAAUGCGACUACGGUCACUGACCGCACCGGAAUCAAAGCAAUCCAGCAGCGGAAAGGAAAAGAAACCGUUACCGCCUCGUUCUCUCGGACCGAACUUUCUGCACCUAAGAGAUGGUGA